AUGUUUCGGGUAGCGCUUAUAGUGUCCUUGGUCGGAUUCAGUACUGCCAUUCCGGUUGACAACGGAGUUGAGGGCGAGCCGGAAAUCGAAUGCGGGCCGACUUCUGUAACUGUGAACUUUAACACCAGGCGAGUUGUAUCUCUACCGAAUCCAUUUGAGGGUCAUGUCUAUGUGAAAGGCCUCUUUGAUCACGAGGAAUGUCGUAACAACGAGGGCGGACGACAGGUGGCCGGCAUCGAGCUGCCGUUCGAUUCUUGCAAUGUCGCUCGAACCCGCUCGUUGAAUCCUCGAGGAGUGUUCGUCACGACGACGGUUGUCGUCUCGUUCCAUCCACAAUUUGUCACGAAAGUCGACAGAGCAUAUCGUGUCCAGUGCUUCUACAUGGAAGCCGACAAGACCGUUUCGACUCAAAUCGAAGUGUCUGAUCUCACAACGGCUUUUCAGACCCAGAUCGUUCCUAUGCCGAUCUGUAAGUAUGAGAUUCUCAAUGGUGGUCCUACUGGUGAACCAGUGCAAUUCGCCACAAUUGGACAACCGGUUUAUCACAAGUGGACUUGUGACUCUGAGACUCAAGACACUUUCUGCGCCGUCGUGCACUCGUGCACUGUGGAUGACGGAAACGGCGACACCGUACAGGUAAAACGUCAUUAA